GGUGUGGCUGCAAGGACAUAGCGCUACUACUAGCUGGGACUGGAAUGCAACAGCGAAUGAGACGGCGAGCAGACACAGUUAAAGACAGGCAUAGAUUAUUUUAAGGUGUAGUGUGCCAAGCCUGGACUGGAGAGCAGACAGACUCAGCAAGACAUCUGAACGACCAGUUUACCAAACAUUAAGAGUAUAUAUAAUUGGACAACACCGAUAGAAAAUUCCAGAUAACUUUAUCCACUUCAGUAGCGCUCAGGACAAGCUGGUGACAAUAAAGCAGCAGAGACGAUCUAGAAAUUGAAGUCUGCUGUUAACAACAUGGUGGAUUACUAUGACAUUUUGGGGGUCCCACGCAAUGCAUCUCAAGACGAUAUCAAAAAGGCAUACCGAAAGCAGGCAUUGCGGUGGCACCCUGACAAGAACCCAGACAACAAGGAGCAUGCAGAAAAGAAAUUCAAGGAGAUAGCAGAAGCUUAUGAAGUGCUGGCAGACAAGAACAAGAGGGAUGUUUAUGACAGAUAUGGAAAGGACGGACUCACAGGACAAACUAGUGGACCCAGCUCUGCAGACUUCCCUGGGUUCACCUUUACAUUCCGCAGUCCAGAGGAAGUCUUCAGAGAGUUUUUCGGGGGUCAGGAUCCGUUUGCAGAUUUCUUUGAUGAUUUCGCCCCCUUCUCUGAUAUGCACAGAAGCACUAGAGGAUCACGACCUGGACCCCGGAGCUUCUUCUCCUUCCCAGGAGCAGACUUUACUUCAUUCUCCUCAAUGGGUGGGUCUGGUAUGGGACAUUUCCGGUCUGUGUCCACGUCCACCAGGAUUGUCAACGGAAAGCAAAUCACAACAAAAAAGGUCGUCGAGAAUGGUCAAGAAAGAAUUGAGGUCGAGGAGGAUGGGCAGCUAAAAUCCAUCAGAAUAAACGGUGUGGAGGAUGAGAUAGCUCUGGCGCUGGAGCUCAGUCAGCGAGAAGUGCAGCAGCCAAUCCUCCAGAGCCAGCACCCCUUCUCCCGUGGGGCGCCCACACAAAGGUCCUUCAGCAGCACCCCCUUCAGCCACUGGAACAACAGUUGGGAUGAGGAUGGGGAGGACGAAGACCUGCAGCUAGCCAUAGCCAACAGCUUCUCUGCCAUGGAGGGAGCCGGCCCGCACGGAGCAGCAAAGUGAGGAAUCUUGUGUCAGGGAGAAUUGAGCGCCUGAAGAAACUAUUGCAGGAAUAACAAAAUAAAAAGAAAUUGAGAGAAAAUUGCAGUGUAUUAAUUGCAUUUUUAAAUGGAAGCAAAAAAUGGUAAUACCGUUUAGUACAGUAAGAGACACAUUUUAACAUCCCAGUUAUAUUUGUUCUGACUAAUUGUUCAUAGGCUGUAGUGUAUUUAAUUAUAACUUUAAGUGUAGCAGCAUGGGGGCUUUAGAAAGUGCCAAACAAUUAAAACUGUGAUAAUUGCAAAAAUGUUAUGCUAAAACCUAGGAAAUAGUCUGACAUGUCUAUAACUAUAUUUUAGUUUGUUUUUGGUACUUUGUAAAAGACGGUACUGGGACCAUUUUUUGUUAAAAUAACAGUAUGCAAGCAUGACAUUUGACUUGAAUAGAUUGAUGUUCAUAUGAGUCGAAGAGUGUUGCCUUGGGUGUGAAUGUAUUGCAUUGACACAGAUUCAAAAUCUGUAUUUAUUGCUGGGUUCUCAGAGUUUCUGAAAUCUGUAUUAACUUAAUUGCUGGGUUCUUAGUUUCUUGUUUAGCUGUAAUGAAGUGUGCUGCUGUUGGAGGUAGGGAGAGGGCUCACAUAUGUUCUUCAAGCAUGAAAGGCCCCUUUCUGUUCUGGAAAGUCCUCUAGAUUUCUCCCGGUGGGUCUGCCCAAUCCACGGAGGUAAAUCCUGGUGCCAGUUGAGACAAAAACAAACUAAAUGCUACAGAGGUUUUACCUAACUGGGCUGGCAAUGCUGGCUACCCCUCAAUAUUAACUAAACAGCCUUAUAUUGUACAUCUGGGCUUUCAUUCCUUCCAUUUGGAGGUACCAUUCCUGAAAUGUGCCAUGUUUUCAACCAUGUUGUAUAUUUUUAUAGUUCUAAUUGUAGAAAGAGAACAGAAAACAAUACUGUAAAAUGAUACAUAUCAGUUACAAAAAUGAUGUCCAAGUAGUAGCAGAAGUGCACUAUAUAUAUAUAUAUAUAUAUAUAUAUAUAUAUAUAUAUAUAUAUAUAUAUAUAUAUAUAUAUAUAUAUAUAUAUAUAUAUAUAAGGCUUAUUUUGUACCACAAUUGGGUAGGCACAGUACACCCAAGCUUCACAAAUUCAUAGAGCUUACAUUUAUUUUAUUACCCCUAUGGAUUCGCUGUUAUGCGAAUGGUAUUCCUGACACAUAUUUUAUCAUUAAAAGCUGCAAGUCUGACUUAUUGAGGGCUGAUAGUUGUGGCUCCUUGAGCAAUAUGAGGUGGUAAUCGCUGAGUAAUGAUCACUUGUCCCAAUUUAAACACUUUACAGACUCCUGACUUCCAAAGCUGACCCUACAGCAUAUUAACAGUUACAGCACAGUUUAGCCUAUUUUUGCCUGACCCAAGUAGUUUUGUUUUUUUUUUUUUUUUUUUUUUUUUACUUAAAUGUACACUGGCAUAAGAAACCACUUCUUACUAUCCCCUUACUUCUGCAGUCAACCAUAAUGCUCAGUAUCAUAAACUGUGCUGCAGCUGCGCCAGUCAGAAUAAUAAACCACAGCCCUUCAACCCGUCUGUGGAUAUAGCUAAUGACAUCAUUUAAUCUUACCUGCUAUGUACGUCCAUACGUAUGUUUUCUAUGUAUUUCAUUUUGUAUGUGGUACUAGGCUAAAGAAUGUUCUCAAUGUGCAUGCAUUACACUCAGGUGGUGUUACUGUGUCAACUUCCAAAGCUUUCAUGUCAUCAGUGACUUUUGGGGUCAAGCAUGUCAUUGUUUACACUUUCCAGGAACUAAGUACCUUGAAGUAAUGAUGGCAUCAGAACAUUAUUUAACAGUGAACUAGAUUUCAAAUGAUAAUACAUCUCUGCUAAACAGUGCGGCUUUUAAUACCUGCUCAUUUAGUUCUUACCUGUAUUUGUCAGAUGUUUCAGCAGAAAGCUCUGUUUCCAACUGAUUUAAGACAAAUUUAUAUUCAACCAAUUUAUAGCAAUCCAUGAUCAGCAGAGGCAGAAAAUAGAGAGAUGCUGGUUCCUUUAACAAAUCCCCUCUAUUUCUGUAGAUGCUAUAUCAGCACCCAUACAAAGACCACAGCUCUGUCAGUUUCACAGGAACCAUGGCAACCAGAACAACACACACCCAUAAUGACAGCAACAUGCCCUAACUCAGUUUUACAGAUGUGUGUGUUGUACAAAGUUAACAAGGAAAAUAAUAAUAACAGUAAUAAUUAUGGUAAUGGAGGGAAUAUCAAAACAACUGGAAUUGUGUUUAUAAAACAAUUUGCAACAGUGGGACGCAGAAGCUGUAACGAUUGUGUGUGUAUGCGUGUAGAGGUUGCAUGUUGUGUGUGUAGGGGAAUUGAAUUGAUGUGUAGACAGGGCUUUGAGUAAGGGGGGGGGGGGUAUAAGGGGGGAGACCAGAGUGUGAGCGAAGGUUGUGUUUAGGGGAGAGAGAGAAAAAAUGUUAGGGUAAGAAAAGACAAAUACCAUUAAUCAUUUCAGUUUCAUUUUCGACUCCCAGUUCCCUUCCCUUAUUUUAUGAUUUUAUUUUAUUAUUUCUGUCAAAAAUAAACUGCUUGAGCCUUCAACUCAA